GGGUCCUGCACACAUUGCUGGGCGGCAGGUUCCCGUUGCUGUAGCUACAAGUCUGGCGGUGCAGAGUCGGUUGCACGUAGGCGUCAGGGCCCAGACUGUCCAGUGAAGAGGCUGUGCUGCUAGAUUUAAACAGAGUCUCAAGCUAUUGCUGUGAUUGAUCUUCCAUUUUCUGGCGUGAAAGACAUUCAGGGAAAGAGGAAGAGAUGGCAGUUUCUUGGGGCUCAGUGACCUAUGAAGAUGUAACUGUGAUAUUCACUCAAGAGGAGUGGACACUAUUGAAUCCUUCAGAGAAGAAACUCUACAGAGAUGUGAUGUGUGAAAACUUGAGGAACUUUCUUUCACUAGAAAAAAUACAAGAACAUUCUACCAAAGAACAGCAUAACUUGCGUGGGAGUAAACAAAGUAAUACAACAGUGAAAAUCUCUGAGGGCAAAAAAAGUCAGAAUGGUAGAAAAUCUCAAGAAUGUGACGUAUACAAUAAGUUAUUCACUUAUUCUAUUCAUCUUCAAACGCAUGAAAGGAUUUACAAUGGAGAGAAACCCUAUGAAUGUAAACUGUGUAGUAAAACAUUCAGUUGUUCCAGUAGUCUUCGAACACAUAAAAGAAUUCACAGUGGAGAGAAACCCUAUGAAUGUAAACUAUGUAGUAAAACAUUCAGUUAUUCCAGUAGUCUUCGAACACAUGAAAGAAUUCACAGUGGAGAGAAACCCUAUGAAUGUAAACUAUGUAGUAAAACAUUCAGUUGUUCCAGUAGUCUUCGCACACAUGAAAAAAUUCAUAGUGGAGAGAAACCCUAUGAAUGUAAACUGUGUAGUAAAACAUUCAGUUGUUCCAGUUAUCUUCGGGCACAUAAAAGAGUUCACAGUGGAGAGAAACCCUAUGAAUGUAAACAAUGUAGGAAAACAUUCAGUUGUUCCAGUUAUCUUCGGUCACAUGAAAGAAUUCACAGUGGAGAGAAACCCUAUGAAUGUAAACAGUGUAAUAAUACAUUCAGUUGUUCCCGUAGUCUUCAGAGACAUGAAAGAAUUCACAGUGGAGAGAAACCCUAUGAAUGUAAACAGUGUAGUAAAACAUUCCGGGAAUCUAGUAGUCUUCAGCAGCAUGAAAGAAUUCACAGUGGAGAGAAACCCUAUGAAUGUAAACAAUGUAGUAAAACAUUCAGGCAAUCCAGUCAUCUUCUGAAGCAUGAAAGAAUUCACAGUGGAAAGAAACCCUAUGAAUGUAAACCACGUAGUAAAACAUUCAGUUUUUCCAGUCAUCUUCAGAAACAUGAACCGACGCACAAGGGAGAGAAACCCUAUGAAUGUAAAAUAUGUAGUAAAAGAUUUAGUUAUUUCAGUAGUCUUCAGACACAUCAAAGAAUUCACAGUGGAGAGAAACCCUAUGAAUGUAAACAAUGUAGUAGAACAUUCAGUUGUUCCAGUCAUCUUCAGUCACAUGAAAGAAUUCACAGUGGAGAGAAACCUUAUGAAUGUAAACUAUGUAGUAAAACAUUUAGUUAUUCCAGUAGUCUUCAGCAACAUGAAAGAAUUCACAGUGGAGAGAAACCCUAUGAAUGUAAACUAUGUAGUAAAACAUUCAGUUUUUCCAGUAGUUUUCGAACACAUGAAAGAAUUCACAGUGGAGAGAAACCCUAUGAAUGUAAACAAUGUAGUAAAACAUUCCGUUGUUCCAGUAGUCUUCGGAUACAUGAAAGAAUUCACAGUGGAGAGAAACCCUAUGAAUGUAAACUAUGUAGUAAAACAUUCAGUUGUUCCAGUCAUCUUCGGACACAUGAAAGAACGCACAGUGGCGAGAAACCCUAUGAAUGUAAACAGUGUAGUAAAACAUUCAGUUCUUCCAGUCAUCUUCAGACACAUGAAAGAAUUCACAGUGGAGAGAAACCCUAUGAAUGUAAACUAUGUAGUAAAACAUUCAGUCAUUCCUGUAGUCUUAGGAAACAUGAAAGAAUUCACAGUGGAGAGAAACCCUAUGAAUGUAAACAAUGUAGUAAAACAUUCAGUUGUUCCAGUUAUCUUCAGAAACAUGAAAGAACUCACAGUGCUGAGAAACCUUAUGAAUGUAAACAAUGAAGUAAAGCAUUCAUGGAGUCUAGUUCUCUUCUAGUUACAUGAUAGAACUCACAGUGGAGAGAAAGAAACCUCAUGAAUGUAAACAAUGUAGUCAAACAUUCAUUUAAGUCAAUGUUCUUUGGAAACAUGAAAGAUCUUACAUUGGAGAGAAACCUAGUGAACAUACAGAGCAAAACAUGGAUUCAAGUCAGUCAUCUUUGUCAACAUGAAAUAACUCAGAAUGGAGAGAAAUUUGAUAAAUGUAAGCAGUGUUGAAAACAUUCUGUUAUUCUGGUCCUCUGUAGAGAUGAAAGAAUCUACAGUGAAACAAAACCCCUAGAAAUUCAUAAAACUUUCAGAUGUUCCACUAAUUUUCAAACACAUGAAAAUAUUCACAAUGAAAAUCAAUCUUAUUCCUGUUAUUGAUGUCGUUAUUUGAUAGGAUAGAAAUGGAGAGACAUGGGGAAGACAGGGAGAGAAAGAUAGACACCUACAGAUCUGCUUCACCUGUGAAGCGAUUCCUCUGGUGGGGAGCUAGGGGCUUGAACCGGAAUCCUUCCUCUGGUCCUUGCAGUUUGCGCCACCUGCGCUUAACCUGCAGCACUACCACCCAACUCCCAGAAAUCAGUCUUAAACAUAAACUAUUAAAGAUUUUAGAGAUGCAACCUCAGACAGAAGCUAGUGGUUUAAUAUAAUAGCUCUCAGGUGUGAGCCUCUGCACUACCUGGGCUAGAUAUGUUCUGUUUUAUUGUCUCUCCAUCUACAACUUGUGUUAAUAUAUAAGUAAAUAUAUCUAAAUUUUAGGGAUCACAGUGCCAUGUGAACCCAUACCUCUGAAUAUUCUAUAAAUGGGAAUAUGAGUAAGUAGUUAGACUCUUUAUCUUAUAAUAUAUGAAAAAAACCAUUUGGUACUGAGAACUUAAGUCAGUGCUUAGAUGUAUUCAAAUUGUUAAGAGUUUUUGCAACAUAUAAAAUCACUGGCAUUAUAAAAACAUUUCUUAUCAGUGUAGGCAUUGUAGAAUGACUUUAAAGACCUAGAAAGGAACUUGAACUGGAGAGAACAGUGAAUGUAAAACAGUGGAAUAAAAAUGGAUGCUACAAUAUGUGAAUCUUUCUUUUUGCAUAAAUUGUAUCAGUUUGGUUGAAAUUUCUCUUUUUAUACUUUGUAUUUAAAGUACUUUUACUUGGUAUGAGAGAAAAAUUGAUUUUUUUUUUAAGUCUUGGUAUAAAUGUGAAACGUUUCGUCUUGAAAACUGAAUAAAAAUGGUUCAACUAAGACAAUACAGGUCUAAA